AUGGGGCAAUUGAAAACCCUAAGCUAAAACCCUAACUCAAAGCCCUUUGAACCCAAACAGACAUCCAUUGACGUCUCUUCUCUUCAAAUUAACGAAAACCCACAACCACCAUGAGACCCCCGAGAGGUGGAGGCAGUUUUAGGGGCGGAAGAGGCGGUGGUCGUUUUGGUGGAAGUGGAAGGGGCGGUGGCCGCGGUGGUGGCGGCCGUGGAGGCCGCGGUGGUGGUGGAUUCCGUGACGAAGGACCUCCUACUGAAGUUGUUGAGGUGUCUACAUUUCUUCACGCGUGUGAAGGUGAUGCAGUUACUAAGCUCACAAAUGAAAAAAUACCAUUCUUUAAUGCUCCAAUCUAUUUGCAAAACAAAACUCAGAUAGGAAAAGUUGAUGAAAUUUGUGGUCCGAUCAACGAAUCCUAUUUUUCAAUUAAAAUGAUGGAAGGCAUUGUUGCAACUUCAUAUAACCAGGGAGAUAAGUUCUAUAUUGACCCAAGCAAGCUUUUGCCUCUUGCAAGAUUUCUUCCACAACCAAAGGGACAGCCACAGGCUGCUGGAAGAGGUGGCCGUGGUGGAGGCAGAGGUGGCCGCGGUGUUUUUAGAGGUGGUGCUCGUGGAAGGGGUGCUCCAAGAGGUGGCAGAGGUGGUGGUCGUGGUGGUAGCUUUAGGGGCAGAGGAAGGUUUUAGAACAUUGUGUAGUGCUACUAGUACUUCUGUACCUUUGUGUGUUCUUCUUAAGAUGCAAUGGGCUCACAACAAUCAGAAUCUGAAUUGUGAUUUUAAUGCUGACUGAUGGUUUUUAAUGACCCAAUUUUCUUUUAUGUUUA